AGAGGAUCCAUUCUCCUCAACACCGUUCGUGAGCUUGAAAUUGGUGCUGCCGUCGCCGUUGUGUCACUUUCUGAAGUUCUCAAUUGUCAAUUGUGAUAGACGUUGGUGGUGGAGGUUUGGGUUGAGAUGGUGGUAGUAAUGUGGGGGUAAAAUUGGCAUUGUGUAGUGUCAUGUUUUGUGCAACACCACCAAACAAAAUAAAAAUUCUAUGUAUGCUUAUAGCUGUCUCUAGUCUGAAGGGAUUGGUCUCUACAAGAAAGAACUAUGCCUCACAAUACUCAACCUCUGACAGCACUUUUGGUGUUCACGGGACUGAAUGCAGUUUUGUGUUCAACCAUUACUCCAGUUUAUGAUUUUGUUUGCUUUCUACCCUAUUGGGAAAGAAGGAGGGAAAGGCAUCACCAAGAGCAUGAAGCUGCUAUGCUUAUGGCUAACAAUUCAAAAUAACCAUUGCAUUGUGAAUUACCUUUAUGGAGUAAGAUUACCUCUACCUGGAAGCCUCAAUUGGGAGGCUUGACACCAUGUUCAAGGCUUUAUUGAGGUCGGUCAGUGCUUUUAUCUUUAGAUCAUUUUUAAUUUCUUUUGUUUGCCAUCUUUGAAUGAUGAAGGAAGAUAGUUUUCAUCUUCUUAUGUUAACAUGAAUACUGAAAUAAAAUAGAAAUAAAAAUCUUGAAGUUAUUUGUGAAAUAUUACUUAAAUUAAAUAGCAGUUCGAAAAAGAAACAAAACAAAAAAGUAGGAUUAAAUUGAUUAUAAUUGUGAAAUAUGGAGUUAUUUUUUUAUAUAUAAUUUUUUUCACAUAAAUAGUGAAUUAUGUAUUGCUGCAUUGGUGAAGGUAAAACAUUUGAAACUCUUUACCGAAAAAGUUUUUUUUUUUCGGAUGAUAGGCAUUCCAAAAUAAAUGAAUUUGAUUCAUGUCGAUGGAUGAAAACCAAGCUCUUCAAUCAUAUUUAAUAUUUCAAUAAGUAUUCCUGACAUUCAGAGAGAUUUGUCUAAAGCUACAUUUAGAAUGGUGGAGUCUACAGUGCCUACAGCUACGAUAGCUGUAGUGAUGAUUAUACAAUUUUAGCAACACUUAAAAAGUGUUUCUAGUAAAAGAGUGUUGCUUUAAGCAUUACUUUAAAUAGUAAAUUAAACACUUUGUCAAACAUGAUCACCAAUUAUUUUUCCUCUCACAUUCCUUUACCAACCGUUUGUACUAUUUUUUAAUUGCAAGCUAUGGUGAUUUGAAUUAAACGGAGGUCAAUUAAUGUCAAACCUGUUGUAAAUUAGAAGUUAUGAGCAAUUAUAAAAGCUAGAGAAAGUACAUCUAAGUUUUGUUUGAAAUAAAGGCACACAGUUAAGGCAAGACACAUAACAAUGAACUACAGUGGUCGUAUUAAAAAAAAAUCUUACUCAUUGGAAAGGAAAACUCAAGCUAUAUAAUUUUCAUGUUGUUCAUAUUGUCCACCUCUCAAGGAUUCUCUGAGAAAUGUUAUGGCAAAAUUGGUGCUAAAAAUGUUUCUGAUAUUAUCAAAUCCUGACCUUUUCGCACUGAUUGAAUCAUAACUCGAACUACAGAGUUCUAAUUCAAGUGGUUCCACUGUCAUUUGAAAGUUGACACAUAGGUACAAAACCAAGAAAAAUGGUGCAAAAUAGAAUGCAGCUUGCAUACGCAAAAGGUUGUCCAUGUGACAAACCUUCUCCCGUACAAAACAAGCUGCACAUGGAGAUUUAAUGAAUCACUUGAGCUCGGGUUAUGGUCCCUCUUUUGGCCUCCUUGAUUGGAAGUUGGGAAACAAGGGGAGGGUAGGCACACUUACAUAGUUCAUUUUUAGGUUUUAGCUUUGGGUUUUAGAGAGAAAAUCUCUCAUUUCACUCUAGGUUUUCUCUCUUAGCGUUUAGUCUUUUCCUUAUUUCAUCUUCAGUUUCCUUUUUUUUUUGUCAUUCUUUAGUUUCCUUAUAUUACCCACUCACAACACUUGGAUUUCUUGUUUUUCAUAGCUAUUAUUCUAAUUUUCUAGUUUUGAUUUCCACAUUUCAAAGCUCUUUAGUUAGAAUCUGUAUUUUAUGGAGUUUUGUACCUUGAUGGAUAUGUAAGGCUAAACAUAUUGUGCUAUCUCAAGGUUUCCAAGGAGUUCAUGAAGAUGCCUUGAAACCCAUUUCAUUUUAAUGCAUGGUUGUAUUUUUCUACUUCCUUCAAUAUUUUAUAUUUAAAUGUUUAUGUUUGACUGAUAUGAAUAUGUGAUUAGAAUAGAUUUAUCAUGUGUUAUUAUUCAUGAUUAUAGAAAAUUCUUGAUGAAUGGUGAAGGGUGGUAAUUCUUGAUUGAGAAAUAUUAAUACAAUUAUCUUAUAUGUUGGAUUAGUUUUCAGUUCCUAGAGAUUAAGAUUUUGAUUUUAGGUUGCUAAUUACUAAUUCUAGACUUGACUAAAAAUCAAGAGUUUAUAAUUUGAGAGAGUUGAUUUAUGCUUGUCAUGUGUUUAAUGAACUGCAAAGUUAAGGAUAGGCUAUCCAACCCUUAGGAUCCCUUGUGUUAGUAGUUCUAGAUCUUGAAUUUCUUUUGUUUUGACUUUCAUUGUUUCUCAAUCUUGCUUAAAAUUGUCUCUUACUUUCUUGCACAAAACCAAAACCCCCUCCAAACCUAAUCAACUACAAUAUAUGUGAAUAAUGUGAGAGACUAUCCAAGUUGCACCCUACAACUACUUCAACUAUGGAAUGGUUCAAUUUGGUUUAUAAGAGCAAGUCUAAUGGGGAGACCCAAUUUUGCUUUUUUCUGACACCAGCAGGUCCCAACAGUUGAAGCAAACCAAGUGAAGGUCCCCCACACAUAUUUCUAGGGGAGCCAGGCCUCUGAAC